AUGGACAUCGAGUACAUUCCAACAGGCUCAUUUGGAAACGCUGAUGUGUUAUCCCGGCUAAUUCAACACCACACGAAACCUGAAGCCGAAUACGUGAUCGCAAGCGUGGAAUUAGAGGAGGACUUAAGGGACGUGCAGGUAGCUACACAGGCUGACCCUUUGCUCCGGAAAGUGCACAAGUACGUGCAAGACGGAUGGCCACAUGACGAUUCUUUCGGAGCAGAAUUGGCACGGUACCACAAUCGGAAGGAAUCCCUCUCAACCGUUGAGGGUUGUGUACUUUUUGGGGAGAGAGUGGUCAUCCCGGAGAAGCUGCGUUCCCGUUGUUUAGUUCAGUUGCACAAAGGACAUCCGGGGAUGCAGAGAAUGAAAGCCAUCGCGCGAAGUUUUCUGUAUUGGCCGAUGAUCGACGACGAUAUUAUGAGCUACGUGGCCUCGUGCGGAUCUUGUUCGGCUGCCGCAAAAGCACCCCCUCGAGCGACACCAGCGGCAUGGCCAACACCAACGGGCACCUGGCGUAGAGUACACGUGGACUACGCUGGGCCAUGGGAAGGUUUUUACUUUUUAGUCGUUGUUGACGCCUUCUCCAAGUGGCCUGAGAUCUACAAAACAUCGAGCACAACAACAUCCGCCACUAUUUCCAUGCUACGGAACAUUUUCGCUCGCUUCGGUAUGCCGGAAACGCUGGUUAGUGACAACGGGCCCCAAUUUACAAGCAGCCUGUUUGAGGAGUUUUGCAACAGCAACGGGAACGACCACGUCACUACGGCGCCAUUCCACCCACAAUCGAAUGGUCAGGCGGAGCGUUUUGUCGAUACGCUCAAACGAGCGCUGCGGAAGAUCCAGAGCGACGAGACAUCCCUGGACGAAGCGCUGGAACUUUUCCUCAUGGCAUACAGAUCGACACCAAACGCGCAGUUGAGCCAGCAGAAAACUCCUGCUGAGGAAAUGUUCGGCCGCCCCAUCAGAACAGCACUGGAGCUGUUGCGGCCCCCUUCGUCACACUCAUUAUCUGCUCCCUCCUCUAUUUCAGUGCGGAGAUUUCAACCAGGCGAGCUCGUUUCUACAAAAUCGUUCCACCGAAACUCUUGGAAGUGGAUACCUGGAAAGAUCGUGCGAAGCUGUGGAAGAGUUAUGUAUGAUGUCAUUGCGGACAGCGGACGUUUACUUCGGCGCCACACAAACCAAAUAAGGCGACGUGUCGCUAGCAGUGCAACCCAGAAGCAUCAGAUUCCGCUCGACGUGCUGCUAGCGGAAUGGCCUUCGUUUUCCCGACAUGAACCGAUCCAGCCGGCGCCGGAGACAAGCAGGUGCGAAUCGUCCGCGCCACCACCGUCAUCGUUCGCAUUAACAUCACUAGCACCGAGCGCCCCGACGGAUGUCCCUGUGACGACAUCCCAAUCGUUUCAUCCUCCCGAGCUUUCCAACCGUUACAAAGUGAUUGACGAAGUACUGGAAAAACUUCAGGCAGCACGGUGGUUUACGAUCAUGGAUUAA